UUUGUUCUGCGCAUGCGUUGGCUGUAAAAUCAAGAAUAUGGCGGACUGUCAUAGCAUUAAAACUGUGGCGACGAUGAUUGAGACACAAUAAAUUACGAUUGAGAGCUGAGUGAAUAUUGUGUAUAAUUACACAUAUUAAGAUGUAUAAAAUAGAUAGAAUCUCUUUUACUUUUGCUACAUGCAAGCGGCAACUACUAAAUUUCUCACUCGCUUUAAACGAUUACCGUGUCAAAAUGGAUUGUGGCACCAUCUCAUAAAAGAUUUACCAGACUUAUCAAACCAUCCUUGUAUUACAGUAGCCAAUUGCUGAUUGGCUAACAGUCACGUGAUUGGUGACCACCGACAUCAAAGAAGAGAUCCUAUAGUGUAACAGAGAUUCGCAAAGUGUCACGUGAUCAAUACAUUUCUCUAAUUGGCUGGAGUAAUUCGUAGUAGCUUCCAUAUUGAAUUUACUGUCAAUAUACUCAACAUCGACUCCUGUCGACUACUGUGGAAUGAGAUUAAACUCAUUCUUCAAUGUUUCACAGCCGACACUGGCAUGAGUUAGCGAACAAAGAACUGAAAGAAUCUCUUUCGUAUCAUUGGAAUCUAAAAAAGGCGAAAAACGUGAUUCUUUUUGUGGGCGAUGGAAUGAGUCCCGACACUAUCACGGCUAGCAGAAUUUAUCGUGGUGGUGAGACCAGUCGACUCGCCUGGGAGCAUUUUCCCCAUAUUGGAAUACUGAAGACUUAUACCACAAAUCAGCAAGUCCCCGAUUCAGCUUCAUCAGCUACAGCUCUUUUCGGAGGAGUCAAGACAAAUUACGAAGUUGUUGGAGUAAACGUGAACGUACAAUUGAAUGAUUGCGAGGCAAGCUUGAAUGCGAAUUAUCACGUGGAUUCAUUCAUAGCAUGGGCCCAAGCAGCCGAUAAAGUCACAGGUUUCGUGACGAAUACCAGAGUUACUCAUGCUACUCCGGCACCGCUUUAUGCUCACUGUGCAAAUCGCAGGUGGGAGUGCGAAUCCAAAAUGCCUAAAAACGUUACUGGCUGUAAAGAUAUCGCUAGACAAUUAGUGGAGAAUGAACCGGGGAAAAAUAUUCGAGUAAUUAUGGGUGGUGGUAGACAGGUGAUGAAAUCUAACGUGAGCGCGAGCGAAUUUGAUCCAAUAGAUACGUGGGCUUGCUACAGACAAGACGGUCGUGAUCUCAUUAAUGAAUGGAUGAGAGAUAAGUCUGAUAGAAAUUUAGCUUAUAAAGUCGUGGAAAACAAUGAAGAAUUGUCCCGGGUUGAUAUUGAUAACGUAGAUUAUCUGCUAGGUAUUUUCGCCAACGGUCACAUCGCGAUGGACUGGGAACGAGAACGAGGUCCGAAGGGACAACCGAGCUUAGAAGAAAUGACUGUGAUGGCUUUACGAAUUUUACAAAAAUCCAAACAAGGAUAUUUUUUAAUGGUCGAAGGUGGUCUAAUCGAUUUCGCUCAUCAUCGCGGUCAUGCCGCUCAAGCGCUGUUAGAAACUGUCCGAUUGUCGGACGCCGUUAAUACCACUCUUAGAAUGAUCGACCUCGAUGACACUCUCGUAAUAGUCACGAGCGAUCACACGCAGUCAAUGAUCUUUAACGGAUACAGUCCUCGAGGUUCAUCUAUUCUGGGAAUCGCUCAAAAAUCUAAAUACGACGGGACACCGUAUACCACAUUAUCCUACAGCACGGGUGGACCGAACAAUGUCGCUUACAUUGUGGACAAUGACGGUCAAGCCAAGAGAAUUAAUCCAUCCAAAUCGAACACUAGCGAUUUUACUUAUAGCCAGCAAGCUACAAUCAUAUCGGACGAGGCUCAUCACGGCGGUGGAGAUGUAGUUGUAUACGCUAUAGGACCGUAUGCCCAUCUUUUCCACAGCGUGCACGAACAGAACUAUGUUGCGCAUGUUAUCGCAUAUGCUGCAGGAAUCGGCGAGUAUUCUAACAAUGCGGAAAUAUCGCACCGCAUUCUAUAUCCAGUUGUUUUAUAUAGUAGUCUGAUCUUAUUAACUUUCGUGUAUAAAUAAA